AUGGAUGCUGAAGGGUCAUCGUUGUCGUCUCUCUCGACCAUGGAAACACCGAGGAAGAAGCUUACAAACGGAAGAGUAAACUCAUACUCCCUUUCUCUUGAUCUCAUGAUAGAGAUAUUCAAACGGUUGCCACUGAAAACCCUAAUCAGAUCACUAUGUGUAUCUAAGCAAUGGGCUUCCAUCAUCCGCGGUCGAUAUUUCAUGAAACUAUUCCUGAAUGAGUCCUUGACUAGACCAAAAAGUGUUGUCUUCGUGUUCAGGAAAAGAUAUGAUGGUUUAUCUUACUCAGAAGUUAGCCUAAAAAUUGCACAUGAACUAGUACCAUCUUCUUCCGAUGCUGCUUCUUCUUUAGCCACUUACCAUGUGACUGUCCACACCCUACAGCGCACGAAAAUAUCUCCUUCAGUCCACGGGUUGAUUUGCUAUGGACCACCUUCUGAACUCAUCGUCUAUAACCCUUGCACUAGACGAUCCGCUACAUUGCCCAAGGUUAAUGCAGGGAGGAGGGCCAUAAACCACUACUUAGGCUAUGAUCCCAUCAACAACGAUUAUAAAGUGUUGUGCAUCAUCAGAGGUAUGCCUAAGCUGAGUAACAGACGCGGUUUAGCUGAGGAGAUACUUGUUUUGACACUGGGAUCAUCAACUCAUCAGGAUUCAUGGAAGAUGAUGAAUAUUCAAGACAAUAUCAUUCCUCAUCACUCUCCUCUAAGUGAGGAACUGUGCAUCAAUGGUGUUUUGUAUUAUCAAGCUUUUACUGUAAAACUAAAUGCUUCUGCGAUCAUGAGUUUUGAUGUUAGGUCUGAAAAGCUUGCUCUUAUCAAAGGACCUUGCACCUUUCCCACUUUCUCGAAGUUGACAAGGUACGAGGAAAAGCUAGCUGUCAUCUUCUAUAAAAAGAAAAUCAGUGGUAUUAUUGCCUUGUGGAGUCUACAAGAUCCUUCUAAGGAGGAAUGGUCCAAGAAGACAUUUGUUUUGCCUGCCGCUGUAACAGCCAAACAUUUUCAUAGGUUUCAAACCACUGCCACUGACACGGGCGAGAUUAUUGAUACACCAAUCCACGAGCAUGCAUCACAAACUAGCUUUGUCUUUUUUGAUCUCAAGAAUGAUAGUGUGAGAAAUUUUAAUAUCGAAGGAAUCACAGACGAGUAUAUGUUUUGUCAAUCGGACUUUGUUUCCGCUGGUCAGGUUGAGAAUCUCAUGUUUCUAUAAGAGUUGAAGGAGAAGAUUAUUGCUCAUUCUUCCAGUUCCUCUCCACACGGUCUUUUGUUAUUCUGUUAGUUUCUCUAUCCGAGAAGGUUGUUUGUUCAUCAAUCACUGUUUAAGUUUUAUAUUUG